CAGGCCCAGCAGAGGCUCCGAGGCCUGCACUCCUGUGCGCGGGCCGCCAGCCGCCAUGCGGGCUCCUGGGGACAAGCACUCGGCCGCUCAGAACUCGGAACCCGAUCCUGCUCGGAUACCAUUGCUGGAACAAAGGGCCUCCAGGGUCCCAAGAUGGAACCCUCCCAUGGAGCCACCCCCGCUGCCACCUUCUCAUUCUCCUCGUCCUCCUCCUUACGCACCACCUCCUCCAGUAAUUCAUGCACCGCCUCAACCGUACUACCAAGGCCCCCGGGUUAUUCACACAGCUGUGUUCAACGGCGUGCCUGUGGUGGCGUCUCCCAUGCCCAUAAACUACCUGUGUCCGUACUGCGGGAACUACGUCGUCACGGUGACCACCCCGAUCCCGGGGGUCCUCACCUGGCUGCUGUGCACAGGCCUCUUCGUGUUUGGGUGUGUCCUGGGCUGCUGUCUCCUCCCCUUCUGCGUGGACAGUUUAAUGGACGUGAGUCACACGUGUCCCGUGUGCCGGCGGGAACUCUUCCGCUUCCGUCGCCUGUGAACCUCCACGAAAUAAAUGUCUAAUAAGUGACCUUUA